AUGGUGAAGGUCGGGGCUGGAGUGCGGCGUCUCCGUCCUCACGUGUUGGGACUGAAUCAGUGGGCAGGUUCUGACCCUAAGAACCAAGAGGAUGGCGCUGGGCAGGUUCUGACCCUAAGAACCAAGAGGAUGGCGCUGGGAAGGAUGGUGAAGGUCGGGGCUGGAGUGCGGCGUCUCCGUCCUCACGUGUUGGGACUGAAUCAGUGGGCAGGUUCUGACCCUAAGAACCAAGAGGAUGGCGCUGGGCAGGUUCUGACCAUAAGAACCAAGAGGGUGGCACUGGGCAGGUUCUGA